GUUUCUCCCACCAGUAGUUGAGAAUUUUCGAAAGCCCAUUUUCUCUGUUGAUCACAACGCGCAGCUUUACGCGUUUAACGGGUUAUUUACUGCGUCGACAAGCCACUACUGCCGUUUUCAUCUCCACCACCUCCUCAAAGGACAUCAUCCUUUGGGGCGUCAUUUCGCUCCCAUCGCCAUCUUCGAUACUUUUAUCUCUCUAGUGCAUGCUCAGUGACGUUCACUGACAUCUGUCGAUAUCAGUUUGAAUAAGACUCUGGCAUCACCAGUUCGUGUUGCAAACGAUAUCGAUCUAUGUACAGAAGCCUCGAAGACCACUUCCAAUGCCAGGCUCACCUCCUGCCCAGCGACCCAAUACUCCAGUUCCAACCAAUCCGCCAAUAUCGCCUGCGAGGUUCUACAGUUCCAAUCCACCACCACCGUUGCCCCAUAGGCCUCGCGGUGUAGGGUCGAGUUGCACUUCAUUUCAAACAAUUGAUGAGCCUCCGACCUAUGGUUCAUCCACUGGUCCUAAUGCGCCGGAAUAUCGCGAGCCAGAGUCACGUCUAGUGACCGAAGACAUCAUGAUUGACGACGGCCAUCCCACCGUUACACAAAAGACCUCUCCAGGUUGGACUACGCCAGUAUGGGAUUCUACAUUGACAGACCCGGACGAGUACAACAAGACGUGGGAACCCACCUGGUCUGGUAGUGACGCUGCCUGGCAAAGCAAUUUUUUGGCUUCGAGUGAUAGAACUAGUUCAUCUGUUCCUAUUGGGAACCGAGAUGAUGUGGAAGAGCUGUGUUGGUGGAACAGGGAAGCCAAUAAACGACCUGGUCCAGGAUUUCUUGCGCCUGUGCUGGAGGUGCACUUGCAUAACCCUGAACAUUCCUUGCUUUCCGUUUCUGCAUCUGCACCAGAUAUCGCUCCUAGCAUCCCCGCACCUGGCGCUGAACGGGAUCCUGCCCAGGCAUCCUCGUCGACUCAGCGGCCGGCCCCUCAAAGGUCCUCCCAUUUGCCACCUACGGAAGAAGAAGUUCGAACGGCAGUCCCCCAUCCCAACGCAUACUUCUGUCCGAAGGACAAUGGCUGGAUUCUGCUUAGCUGGAAGUCGUCAUCCGUACCUCCGCCUUUGUCGCGUAGUGGCCGAAAAGAGCACACGCUCCCUGACCAGAGCUUCAGGCAAAAAUACAUCUCCUGCCUCUCUCCGGACGAUAACAUCUUUGGUGCCGCAAAUAAGACCCAUCAUUUCCAUCGAUAUCAAAAUGCGGUUGAUUCUAGUCAGCUCACACCUGCUUACCGUGGCUUGGAUGCCAUAGACGGACUGAAGCAAAAACGGCGAACCGGGAUGAUCAUACAAGGAGAGCUCCAAUUGAUAAAGAUGCAAGAAGACGAGAUGGACCAAGAUACGGACGAGACAGGCACCCCCCUCGAUCUCUAUGUCUGUUGCCAAUGUUCCUUCUAUUGUGUCGCUUCCAAGAUUAUACCCGCGAUAAUCCCACGGUACUCGUGGAAUCAUUUAAUUGAGAACAAAAGGUCAGAUCCUCUUCCAGGGAAGACAAGGGAGCAUAGUGUCGCCACUGCACUAGAGACAAUGCUCAUAGCUCUAGAGAACAAGCUAUGGAGAUUGGAUAAUCGUGAUUUACGCGCCAGCGGCACAAGUUUCCGGGCGAAAGUUGGAUGUAACGAUAAUGUCAAGCAGAUCUUUGAGGCUCUUGGGUUCGUUUGGGACGAAUGUCCAAAUGAUGUGCUUCUCAAGUCGCCUUCCCUGGAUUCUUCUGCCAAAGGACGAUUAGCUCGCGCUAAGCUGCUGCGAGGUUGGGUUGAGAUUGGGGCCUGGUUGGCCGAUUACAGACGGAUCAAUUCAAAUGCUUUCAAGGAUUACGUUUCACUCAAUACGCUAUGGGUGAAGGUUAACAGUGCCAGAGAGAUGUAUCAAAAUGCCAUUGGUUCUCAUCCUGAUCAAAUUCCCCGUAAUGAAUUGUCCGACACCAUCCAGAUGACCCUGAAAAGCUUGCCUGGUACGUUCUGGACUGAUUUGGGCUUGACAUCCUCAACGGCUUCCACCGGACUUCUUGAAUUCGCGUACUUGUCGCAAUGCCGUUGUGAUCCAAUCCACACACUUCAGUAUUUCACGCACUUGUCUGACGCUGUCAGCGAAAUGCAGAACUUCCAAACUUGCCCUCAACCGCUCGAGGAAUUGUUUGCCGUGGAACGGUCUCGUGGAAGGUUCACACGAGGAGAUGUAGACGAGAGCGUGAUGAUUCUGGGUUUCGGCUCCGAGAACCUUUUACGGGUGGAAUACUCUGAAAAUGACAUUGACGACCAAUUCAUCGAGAAUGCCUGGAAAGCGCGCAUUAAGGAGUCGUUCCGGAUGACAUCCGGCGGUAGUGAUUUUCAGAGAGAAGCUACUGAAGCUCUGAAGGUUCUUGCGGAAAUGAGAGGGAGCUCGUAUCUUCGAAAGUGUUGGGAGGCUUCGAAAGACAGCUUAAUGACUCCUGACCGCGCUUACCAGACUCUGGAGAUCCCUCAAGAAGUCGAUGAUUCCAUGUUGAUUACUGUCUUUUCUAUGCGGCUCGAGGAGCAGCCCUCGCAACUUGAAAAAAUGCGUGAAGCAUUGUUGGUCAUUGCGGAGUCUCGAGAUAGUGAACGGUUGCGUAAGUUCAUGGAAUUGGGAUCAGAUCCCGGUGAGAUUACUGCACCAACUCGCCCUGAUUGGCCAAGGGGCCUCAACCAGCUAGGCAAUACCUGCUAUUUGAAUUCGUUGUUGCAGUAUUUCUAUACUAUCAAGGAUCUUAGAGAUGCAGUCUCAACGGGGAAGAAAGAGCUGGACGAUGAUGAAAAAUUCAGCGACGACGACUUGAAACGCCAUAGGGUCGGCGGACGCUUGGUGACCCGUCGGGAAAUCGUGAGGUCAAAAAAAUUUGUUAAUCAACUAGCCGAUCUAUUCUGGAACUUAGAAUAUGCUGACAACCCAGCUGUGACUCCAACCAUCGAGCUGGCCAAACUCGCACUGGUUACAUCAAGAGAUGAGGAGGAGGAUGAAGUAGACAAAGGUGGGACGGAUUCUUCCAAUGACACCGAUGCCACCUUGGUCGAUGAUGGUCCUGUUCGGUAUUCCACUGAACCUCCAUCAUCGCCCAAGUCUCCCUCACCCUCUCCUGGCUCCAUUUUAGGAAAGCGCGCCCGAGAUAUUCCUCGACGACCCAGCGAAAUGGACGUUGAUACCCCAUCAUAUUCCCCGAGAGAGGGCCGUUCUUCAAUGUCUUCGCCUAGAUCAUCCGAUGAUGACAGCCCUCCACCUUCGAUACCUCUGAAUUACCCCGAAGCUUCAACAUCAGGUUCCAAAGACGAGGAGGAUGUUGAUAUGCAAGCUGUCUCUAGUUCGAAUAACCCGCCUCCGCUUCCUCCCCGGAAACCGGUCGGGUCACCCAGUUCUGAGAUGAUGUUCGGAAAACAACAUGACGUUGCGGAAUGUAUGGAUAACUGUAUGUUCCAGAUCGAAACCGCUUUGUUGAAAUUCGAUUCCAUGACCGGGUCCCGGAGCGACGAAGACAAGACCAGUGUGGUUAAGCGAUUGUUCUAUGGCAAGAUUCGUCAGAAUGUGGUGGCUGCUGAUCAGACACACGAGAAAGAGGAUUUGUUCUCGCAUCUUCCUGUCAAUGUCUCGGAUGAGGGCUUUGACAUUUAUGACGGUCUUGGCCGAUACUUUUAUGAUGUCGUUGAUUACAAGAGUCAGAAAGUCCCGAUGCAGCUGUCUCUCGUAUCGCUGCCACCUCUACUUCAUAUUCAGCUCCAGAGGGUCCAAUUCGACCGAGAAUUGUGUCAGUCCUGGAAGUCUCAAGCUUACGUCAAGUUUGGAGAAACCUUAUAUAUGGAUCGAUUCAUGGACGAUGUGGAUCUGCAGAAAAAGGCUCAGUCACGGAUAAUAGAGGAUGACCUCAACAUCUGUCGAGAGCGCCUGCGGACGUUACUCCAAGGCAAAAAUGGAACUUUUGCUACUGCGAUGGACAACACCCGUGAUUUCCUCUCUCAGCAGAGUAGUGUUUCUCUUCCAGAUGUCGACGAGGAGAUGAUCACGAUGCUCAACGAAGAAGAGGCCAGUCUGAAAGCUGAAAUCGAUGGUCUCCAUGCGCGCAUCCAGAUCCUUAAAGCGGAGCUCGAGGCAAUGUGGGAGAACGAAACCAAGGUGGCCUACGAGCUUACGUCGGUAUUCAUCCACCGAGGGUCAACGCCCACCUUUGGACAUUAUUUCUUCUAUUCCCGACAUCUUCCUGACAGCCCGGAUGAGUGGUUCAGGUACAACGAUUCGGACGUGUCGGUUAUACCCAAGGAGGAAGUUUUGGCGGACACGACUGGCUCCACCGCUAAUCCUUACCUGCUGGUUUAUACCCGAAAGGGCAGCGAGGUGGUUGAUACCGUCAAGCGAUUUGACCUUUCGACCUUGGUUGAAGAGUAGUACUAACUCAUUGGAUAUCUGAUACGAAUUUCACGGCAUGCAAUUGUAUCAUAUGGCCAUCACAACACUUUUUUUUGCUUCGGUCUUCAAGUUAGAAUGCGUGGUCUGAAUGACGUACUGUGGCAGUUUUGGGCAGUCCCUCCUC